UGCAACUUUUCACAUCACCAUCUCUUUGUUCUUACUUUUCUAAUCAAUUGCUUAAUCCCCUUCUCAUCAUCAUCAUAAUCAUAUCAUUGCUUUUCUCUUCUUUGUUUCUUCUCCUUAUUCCUUUCCUCCAAUGGUGUCACCACCACAAGGACAAACGUUUACCUCCUGGUUCCAUGGGUUGGCCUUACCUUGGAGAAACCCUCAACCUCUACUCUGAAAACCCAAAUUCCUUCUUCUCCAAUAGACAAAAACGGUAUGGAGAUAUAUUCAAGACACACAUACUUGGUUGUCCUUGUGUAAUGAUAUCAAGCCCCGAAGCAGCUAGAAUUGUGCUUGUGACACAAGCACAUCUUUUCAAGCCAACAUACCCUCCAAGCAAAGAGAGGAUUAUAGGACCAGAGGCUGUGUUCUUUCAACAAGGUGCUUAUCACUCCAUGCUCAAGAAGUUAGUUCAAGCCACAUUUUUACCCUCUAGAAUUAAGAAUUCAGUCUCUGAGAUAGACCAAAUUGUUCAGAAAAUGGUUCCAACUUGGGCCAACAGAACCAUCAAUACCUUGCAAGAGAUGAAGAAGUAUGCUUUUGAAGUAGCUGCAAUCUCAGCCUUUGGUGAAAUAAAGGAUUUUGAAAUGGAAGAAAUCAGAGACAUGUAUUGUUGCUUGGAGAAGGGCUACAACUCUUACCCUUUACAUCUUCCUGGAACUUCCUAUUGGAAAGCAAUGAAGGCAAGGAAGGUUCUGAAUGAGACAAUAAGGAGGUUAAUACAAAGAAGAAAAGAAAGCAGGAACUAUGGUGGAGGGUUGUUGGGAGUUCUGUUACAAGCCAGAGGUCACAAGAUAUACCAACUCAAUGAUUCUCAAGUUGCUGAUAAUCUCAUUGGUGUAAUCUUUGCUGCACAUGAUACCACAGCAAGUGCUCUAACAUGGGUUCUAAAGUACUUGCACGACAAUUUCAAUGCCUUGGAAGCUGUGACAAGAGAACAUGAAGGAAUCAAAAGCAAAUUAGCUAUGGAAAAUCGUGGACUUUCAUGGGAUGAUACUAGGCAUAUGCCACUCACUACACGGGUUAUCCAAGAAACAUUAAGAAGCGCAAGCAUACUGUCAUUCACAUUCAGAGAAGCAGUAAGAGAUGUUGAGCUUGAAGGUUACACUAUUCCUAAAGGUUGGAAGGUCCUUCCACUCUUUAGAAGCAUUCAUCAUUCUGCUGAUUUCUUCCCUCAACCAGAGAAGUUCGACCCUUCAAGAUUUGAGGUGCCACCAAGACCAAACACAUACAUGCCAUUUGGAAAUGGAAUCCACUCUUGUCCUGGUAGUGAGCUAGCUAAGCUUGAGGUUCUUGUCCUUCUCCACCACCUCACAGUUUCUUACAGGUGGCAUGUUGUGGGAAACGAAGAUGGAAUACAGUAUAGUCCUUUUCCUGUGCCCAAACAUGGAUUACCAGUUAAGAUAACCCCGAGGAACAAGAUAUUUAUCUAAAGUUGCAAAUUUCAGACCCAUGGAGAGUUCAAAUCAUGUUAAGAAAGUGGGGCCAAAGUGAUUUGUCCCCCGCCAAGAUAAUCAAUUUUCUUUUUCCUUUUCUUUUGUCCUAGAGAUUCUUUU